CUAUCUGAAACCUCUUCUCACAAGCUGAGCAUGAAAACUCAACGCAGAAUACAAGAAAUGAUUAAAUUACACACAACUGUGUUCCUAGUUACACUCUUAUGCCAGAUGUCCUCUGGGCAAAAAGAUCUCCAGAUCACUGGCAUAACAUGUCCCAACUCCGCUCAGCUUCAGAUUUUCUGGAACUCCACUUCCAGUCAGGUGUCAUAUUUUAUGUUGGAUUUGCGAGUGGUGAACAAUUCAGCCAUCCCUGCUGUUAGUAUUUUCAGCACUGGGUCCUCUCGGAACAGAACGGUGCAGGGUCUACGAGCAGGAACAUUCUACAACGUGACACUGAAAUCCUACUCUGCUAAUAGUGCACUGCUGGGGACAACCUGGGCACAGUCACAGACAGUGCCAGCGACUCCCCAGAUCAUCUCAUCCAGUGGUAUCUCCAGCUCGGAGAUCACAGUCACAUGGGCAGCACAGGUGGGAGCCAAUUACUACUUUCUGCUGAUAACACUGGGAUCAGAGAGCAUCAAUCAGACGCACAGCACCCUCAACUGUACCGUGGUGGGACUACAGCCCUCAACUGUCUACAGCCUGACAUUAUACGCUGUGAACUCUGCAGGAUCAAGCGCAGCCAGUAAAAGCAUGACGGCUCUCACAUUGACUCCCCCACCAGUCAACAUCACACUAAUUCCUGUAUCAAGCUACUCAGUGGAAUUAACAUGGUCAAGUGUCAAGAAUGCUCUAAUGUAUGGAAUCUACAUCUAUGAACAAGGACCACCCAACAUGCUGGUUGUAAUCAGGAAAACCACGUCAACUAAUAUAAUCCUAACUAACCUGCUUCCCUGCACUAAAUAUAUUUUUGCAAUGGUGUCGUACAAUUGGUUUUAUACAGCUGGGGAGGAAAACCGUGUGCUGCAUGUGACCGGAACACUUGAUGCCCCACGUGACCUCACAGUGCUCUACUCCAGUAAUGUGGCAUCUGCAGUGGUGUCCUGGCAUUCCAGUGUUGGAGCUUCAUUUUACGUGGCCAGUGCCAAAUCAGAGCAUGCGCAUGAGGUGCGCUGUAACACGUCCUCUAGCAGCUGUGAGAUUCAGGGACUCCUGUGUGAGCAGAAAUACUCAGUCAGCGUCACUGCAGAAACUGAGAGCUGCAGUAACAACAUGAGUGGAAACAUAACGCUGGCGACAGCCCCGUGCUCCCCGGAGAAUGUCACCGUUGUACGUGACUGCGAGAUCAACACUGUUAGUCUGUACUGGAAUCCAGUUAAAGGGGCCCUUAAAUAUACAGCGUCUGCGCUUGCCUUGGAUGGCAACAAAGUAGAAUGUUCCAACCAGGACACCAACUGCUUCUUUUUAAACCUGAUGUGCGGAAUGGAGUAUGUCAUGAGUGUUUCUGCCUUUGAUGGAACCACAAAUGGUACUAGCAGUCCUGGCAUCAAAGUACAAACUGCUCCCUGUGACCCCUCUAUCCUGAUGGCCAAUUCCAGUUGCCAGGACAGCAGCCUCCUUGUUUCAUGGGCACAAUCAGAGGGAGCCCUUUACUAUAUGGCAACAGCGCUGGGCAGCAGUGGGACCACAUAUAACUGCACAUCACUGAACACCAGUUGCAAGAUUAUGGGGCUGCAGUGUGGGGAGAGCUUGUCUGUUGCUGUAGUCGCCUACGACAAUUCAUGUCCGAGCACCAUGAGUAACAGCAAAGAGGUGGUGACAGGUCCUUGUGCACCCAGACAUAUUACAGCCCUGACUGACUGUGUUGACCACUCCAGCCUCAUCCAAUGGGAAUACAGUGAGGGAGCCAUUUCGUAUACAGUUCAUGCCAAUGCCAAAGACUUACCUGAAUACACCUGUAAAUCAUUUGACCUGGGCUGUUCCUUUACUGACCUGCCAUGUGGUCAGAUAUUCAGUGUGUUUGUAACGGCAUCUAAUGACCAAUGUGACAGUGCUCCGAGUCCCCUUACUGAGAUCCGGACAGUGCCAUGUGUUCCACAAAAUGUAAGAAGUGAAGUCAUUUGUGACCCAAACGUUCUCCUUGUCACCUGGGCACAGGGCGCUGAAAAUGUGACAUUUGUGGCCUCUGCCCAAGAGAGUGAUUCUGUAUACUACAAUUGUACAUCCCAGGAAAACUCGUGUGAAAUUAGUAAUAUCCACUGUGGUCAGAUUUAUUCUGUGUCUGUCCGUGCGGAUAAUGGUCGGUGCACUUCACUCUCCAAUGAGACAGCUCCGGUUUACUCAGCUCCUUGCAAGCCCACCCAAGUGACAGCCAGAAACAUGUACACAAACGGCACUGCUGAGAUUUUUUGGAGCAAAAGCCAAGGACUUGGAGUAGAAAUGUAUGUGGCCACUUUGCAGAGUCCCGAAGGGUCACUUCUGAUGUGUCAGUCGGAAUCAGAACACUGUAUAAUCCAGGGAACUAAGUGUGGACAAUCAUACUUGGUAAAUGUCACCGCUCUGGGUACAGACUGCCAGAGUCCCGCCAGCACAGUCUUUGUAGAUCCAGUUCCUUGCUCUCCAGGAAGUUUGGAUAUCCAUAUAUCUCCUGGUCUUGUGGUUGUGACCUGGGUGGAGACACCAGGAGCUGUGAAUUACACUGCAGAGAUUAUAGGAGCCGGUGGAGAUACACACAUAUGUCAGACAUCAAAUACGACAUGUUCAGUGACGGAACUCUUAUGUGGUCACCAGUACAAUGUAUCAUUAACCGCUAUUGGACUCCAAAGCAACAGUAACACAAGUGACACAGUGGCAUUUCACACUGCUCCCUGCACCCCCCAAAAUGUCACUGUGCAGCUGGAUUAUAUAACAAAUAUUGCAACCGUUUUCUGGGCCAGCAGCCAGGGCCAAGAGAUAUAUACUGCAGUAGCAGUGGGCACGAAUGGGGAUACAUUCAUGUGCAGCGCCACUGACACAUCUUGUGAUAUUACUGGCUUACACUGUGGGUAUUUCUACUCUGUAUCUGUACAAGCAACCAAUGAGAAUAGGAAGAGUGAACAGAGCCUGCCCAUAGAAAUACAGACCGCACCUUGCUCUCCAUUGAAUCUAGAUGUAAAUGUCUCUUCUGGCCUUGUGAUUGUGUCCUGGGAAGAGGCACUGGGAGCAGUGAAUUACUCUGCACAGAUAAUGGGGAUUGGUGGAGAGACACACACAUGUCAAACAUCAAAUACAACAUGUUUUGUGGUGGACCUCUUGUGUAGCCAUCAAUACAAUGUUUCUAUAAGAGCCAUUGGAAAUUGGAGCCAAAGCAACACUAGCGACACUACACAGUUUCAAAGUGCUCCCUGCACCCCUGAAAAUGUUACAGUGCGGAUGAAUUCUCUCGCUAAUAUUGCAACUGUUUUCUGGCACAGCAGUGAGGGACCAGAGAACUAUACUGCAAUAGUGAUGGCAAUGGAUGGGGAGGAAUUUAUAUGUCAUUCCUCAGAUGCAUCUUGCGAUAUCACUGGAUUAAGCUGUGGGCAGAUAUACUCUGUAUCAGUACAAGCAGCCAAUGGAAAUAGCAACAGUAAACCAAGCAUCCCAAUACAAUUACAGACAGCUCCCUGUACCCCAGUUCUACAACAACCACAACUGAGCUGUGAGAUUAACACAGCCUUUCUUGCCUGGAACCCAAGCAGAGGAGCAGUCAGUUAUGCAUCUAAUGCUACUGACACUAAGGGACGGACUCUUUCCUGCAGUACUGAAAACACCAGCUGCAUUGUCAGUGAACUACAGUGCGGCCAGACAUACAAUUUCACUGUCAUAGCAGCCAACAGCCAGGGCUACAGUCCAGCUAGUGCUGUAGCCACCAUCCGAACUGCACCCUGCCAACCUCAGAAUGUGGUUGCACAAAUGGAUUGUGGCAGCUCCAUGACCAACUUAAGUUGGGAGGAAGCCCCUGGGGCAGAGGGUUACAUAACUAGAUUGUGGUCAACGAGGGGAGAAUAUCUGGUGUGUAACAGCUCAGACUUGAUCUGUGAGGUCAGAGGACUUCGGUGUGGUCAGAAUUACAAUGUGAGUGUGACGGCAUAUGACAAUCACUGUGAGAGCAAAAGCAGUUCCCCAAUGCCGGUAUACACAGUGCCAUGUGUCCCCACUGAUGUGCAGUUCAACAUCAACUGUGAGUCUAAUAUGGUGACAUUGUCAUGGGCGUCAGCACCUGGAGCUGAGAAUUACACCUCGGUGCUAACAGGACCUCAUGGGGAGAAACAUUACUGCCAAGCAGAAGACACCUCCUGUACUUUUGACCAACUCUCCUGUGGUUUGGAGUAUGAUGCUGUGGUUGGCGCAGUGGGACGCACAUGUAACAGUGACUUAAGCACCCCCAUUAAAGCUUAUGCUGCUCCUUGUCAGCCAACAAACCUAAGUGCGCAGUUGGAGUGUGGAGCGGACCAUGCGUUGCUGUCCUGGGGUGCAGCUCUCGGAGGAGGGACGUACACUGCGACUCUCAGUUCGCCCAGCGGGCAGAGCAAGUCCUGCAGCACAAAUGAAACAAGCUGUGACGUGUUUGGCAUACAAUGUGGUCAGACUUAUACUUUAUCAGUGGAGACCAUUGGUACAAUGUGCAGCAGCAGCAGAGCUGUCUCACCUGAUGUUAUACAGACAGCUCCCUGUGUGCCAGAGAACCUCACCAUAGUGCACACCUGCAAGGACAGCAGUGCGGUACUUACCUGGAGUCAGGUGCAUGGGGCGGAGAAUUACACUGCACUAGUGACAGCGGCUGACAGUCAGACUCUCACAUGUCACACAUCAAACAACAGCUGUCAUUUCACAGCCCUUCAGUGUGGUCAGAUGUAUAAUAUCACAGUGACAGCAUCAAACACAAAGUGCUAUGGGGAGAGCAGCAACACCACCCAGUUUAUCACAGCCCCCUGUGCUCCUGCUAAUGUUCUGGUACAGACAGACUGUAUGACCGGCUCUGUGGCUUUGUCAUGGGAUGAGAUGAAUGGAGUUUUAGUUUACACCUCUUACCUAACUGCUUCUGAUGGUGCGAAUCGAACCUGUAUCUCCGCACAAGCAAACUGCACAAUCACCAGCCUGCCAUGUGGACAGGAAUAUGUUGCAACUGUGCUGGCUGCUAACCAUGAGUGUCAAGGGCCACCAAGCAGAGCUGUGACAUUAUGGACUGCACCCUGUGUCCCUGCAAGUGUCAGCACCGUCCUGGAAUGUGCUGAGGAUGCUGCACUCAUCUCCUGGACUGAGUCUCAAGGGGCGGUAAAUUAUUCGUCAUCAGUGACCGGACCCCAGGGAGAACUUUAUACCUGUAGCAGCUGGAACACGUCCUGUCGUGUAUCGCACCUCCUGUGCGGGGAAACGUACAAUGUGUCUGUCACAGCCCAGAAUACUGUGUGCAGCAGCGCAGCAACCAGCAUUAUUGUGCUCCAGACACGUCCUUGUGCACCCUUUAAUCUUACAGUAUCUCAGUCCUGCUCCUCUAACGUGGCUCAUCUACAGUGGCUAGGGUCUGAAGGAGCAGUGCAUUAUGGUUCUAGCCUAACAUCGUCCACUGGAGAUAUCUACACAUGUAACACCACUGGCACAAGCUGUGACAUCGGCCGGCUUCAGUGUGGGGAGACUUACAGUGUGUCCAUCACUGCCUUCAGCAGCCAAUGUGCCACCCACACUCCUGAGAUGCUGAGCUUCCAAACAGCCCCCUGUUUGCCCACUAAUGUGAGGGCUCACCUGUUAUGUGACACUGGUGAUGCAUCAGUGCUGUGGGAUUCUGCACAGGGAGCGACUGUGUAUUCAGCUGUUGUGACUGGGAGUGAUGAGUGGAACAGAACAUGCACCUCAGCCAAUACAACAUGUGACAUCAGUGACCUGAUGUGUGGGCAGACGUAUCAUGUGACCAUCACAGCGUCUAACGCCUGGUGUAACAGCACAGCGCUGACAGCCCAGGUCUACACAGCUCCCUGUGCACCACAGAAUGUGAAAGCCGUGGUCCUGUGUGGCCUGAAUCUGACAACUGUGUCUUGGGACCUGACACCCGGCGCGUGGAAUUACACUGCAGUUGUGACAGGGGGAGAGGAGCGAUCUUGCAGUACGUCUGGCUCCGCGUGUAACAUUCAGGGGCUGGAGUGUGGUCAGACCUAUAAUGUUACAGUUAGAGCCACAGGAGAGCAGUGCAGCAUCACUAGCCCUUCCCUGGAGUUUCCCGGAGCUCCUUGUACUCCAAACAAUGUGACAACGCAGAUCCACUGCAGUGACAACGCAGCUACAGUGAGCUGGGAGCCAGCGUCAGGGGGUGUCAGCUAUGUGUCAGAUAUUAUAGGAGCUAAUGGACUACACCUCUCCUGCAAUAGCACAGGAACCAGCUGCAAUGUGAGUGACUUGCAGUGUGGUCACAUCUACCGUGUCACUGUCACCGCUGUAAAUGGCCAGUGUCUCAGUGAGCCCAGCAUCCCAGCUCAGCUGCAGGCUGGUCCCUGUGUCCCUCAGAUUGUAGAUGUGACACCUACAUGUUCCUCAGACCACGUCACACUGUCAUGGGGCAGUGCUGCUGGUGCGGAACGCUACCUGGGAAUUAUACGCGAAGGGGAAGGGACCACGCUGACUUGCAACACCACUGAACAAAGUUGUGGUAUCUCUGCAGUGGAGUGUGGCCGAUCGUACAGCGCAAGUGUAGAAGCGUUUAAUAAUCAGUGUAGCAGUGGGGCCAGCUUCCCUUUUACUGUGACCACAGCUCCCUGUGUCCCAACUAAUUUCCACAGCUCUUUAGACUGUGACUCACACAAGGUAUCAGUGUUGUGGGAUUCAGCGCGUGGGACGGAUAAGUACACAGUCAAAGCUUAUAAUGGACAGAAUGAGACCUCAUGUGUCACAGCAAACACCUCCUGUGAAUUUAAUGACCUGAUGUGUGACAGCAGCUAUGAAAUUACAAUUAUCAGCUCAUCUGAAACCUGCAACAGCACCAGAAACGGCUCUCUCCAAGUGAAAACAAUUCCUUGUGCUCCCCAUGUCCUGGAAGCUUUUGCAGCGUGUGAGAAUAAUUCAGCAUUUGUCUAUUGGGAUUUGAGUUCUAAUGCCCGGUCGUACACAGUCAGAAUGGAGGAAGACAGCACAGUGUUCUGCAAUACAACUGACACCGUCUGUGAGAUCCAGGGAUUGCAUUGUGGGAGCAAUUACACAGCAACUGUCUGGGCUGAUGAUGGGACAUGCAGGAGGCCGAGUAGCUCUGGAAUGGCGUUUAGAACAGCACCGUGUGUCCCACAGAUUGUUACUUCUGCAGUGAUGUGUGAGCAAGAUGAGCUAUUAGUGUCCUGGAAUGCCAGCUCUGGUGCCACCAGCUACUGUGCCACAGCACUGGGACUUCAGGGUCACCUUAUUUCAGCUAUCACAGAGGAUCUCAGCUCUGUACUGAGCACCCUGCAAUGUGGGGAAACGUAUGAUGUGACUGUAGUGGCCGUGCACGAGGAGUGCAAGAGCCCUGACAGCCGAGCAGUGACCAUCACAGCUGCUCCCUGCAGCCCCCUGCACCUCACGGCAACACCUGACUGUGGUGGAAACGCAACGUCCGCGUCCUGGGUGUCCAGUGCUGGAGCAAAGUCAUAUGAAGCUGUUUUUAAAGGUCCAGAGGGUGACAAAGCUUCUUGCAACACAACUGCCUCCUGGUGUGCAGUGUCUGGACUUAACUGUGGUCAGGUUUAUAAUGUCACUGUCACAGCUUUUGACGGUUUGUGUGAGAGCGCAGUCACAGAUGUCACGCAGGUAACUACAGCACCGUGUAUACCCACCAGUGCCGCAGCUUGGGUAGAAUGUGCUACUGAUCGUAUAAAUGUCACCUGGGCACCAAGCAGAGGGGCUGUGUCAUAUACAGUCAGUGCCACUGGAAGGGACAAUCACACGCUCACAUGUAACACAACCACCAACGGAUGUGCCAUCACAGGAGUCCUCUGCGGAGACAGUUACACAAUCUCACUGGUGGCUCUGGGCAAAGACUGCACCAGCUCUGUGGUGUCUGUGGGAUCUGCUGAGACAGCUCCGUGUGUCCCUGGUCCUGUGGUGGUGCAGACUGAGUGUCUUACAGACAGGGCCCUGGUGUCAUGGGAAGAGAACAAUAUCAGACAACCUUACUACACAGUGGUUGCACACAAUGCAUCAGAAAGUGAGCUCUCUUGCACAACCUUUAACUCCUCCUGCAGUAUUUGGGGUUUGGAAUGUGGGCAGCAAUACAACGUCACUGUAUCUGCCUCCAACCGGCACUGCCACUCUGCUCAGAGUAUAGUGCACAAGAUCAGCACAGCCCCAUGUAAACCCCAAAUGUUGAGGACAAGCGUGGACUGUGCGAGUAAUGAUGCUCACUUGUCGUGGGCCAAGAGCACAGGAGCCGGGUAUUACGUGGUCACCCUGUAUGGCAAUGACACCACCCAGAUGUGCAACACCACAAACACCAGCUGCGUGUUCCCUGCCUUGCAGUGCGGUCAGACGUACAACGCUUCAGUGGUUGCUGUGGAUGAGCAGUGCACUAGCGUCUUAUCAUCUACAGGCACCUUUCAGUCAGCUCCGUGCCAACCUAUAAAUCUACACAGCCAACUUGAUUGUGCGACCCACGGUGCAGAGUUAUUUUGGGACCCCAGUAAAGGGGCUACUGAUGGGUACAGUAUAGAAAUAUGGAUUGCUAAUGUGACUGUCACUUCAUAUAUCACCACAAAUACUUCCUUUAUGUCUGAAGCUUUUCCUUGUGGCCAGACAUACGGCUUCACUAUGGUGGCACUUGGUGGGACAUGUAACAGCACCAGAAGUGGAAUUCACUACCAGAAAACAGUUCCCUGUACCCCGGAAUAUAUUAUGUCAGCAAGUGAUUGUCCCACUGGUGCCGCUGAGAUUGGCUGGUCUCUGAGCAGAGGAGCGUAUGAAUACCAUGUAGUGGCGUCUGUAGACGGUCAGGUGAUGGCGUCCUGCAAUAGCACCAGUGGAAACUGUUCUCUCGCAGACCUGGAGUGCGGCCUGUCCUAUAAAACGGAAGUGAAGGCUCUAGACUAUGUCUGUAGCAGUAGCUACUCUACCCCGGGCUACAUAGAUACAGCCCCAUGUGUCCCACAAAAUCCUGCAGUGCGGAUGGAGUGCACGAAUAAUUCUGCCGUGUUCACGUGGGAGAGAAGCAGAGGGGCUCUGUAUUAUAUGGCAGCGGUAAAGCAUGAGGGAAAUCUCAUGUACACAUGUCAGACAAAUGACACAGUCUGUGAAGUUUCAAACUUAACCUGCGGACAUGUAUAUUCUUUUUCUGUAUCAGCGAAUAGCUUACGGUGUGAGAGUUCCUAUACCGAACCUAUAAUGGCUGGCGUCGUCCCCUGCCCUCCUGACCAAGUGCAAGCCUCAAUCUACCACCGCACCAAGAAGCCUCAGGAGGUUCAGGUUUCGUGGAAUGGGAGUUGGUGUGGAGCUGAUUAUAUGGUAACUGUGCAGGGCGCAAGCGCAAAUGACCCAGAAUCCUUGUUCUUCCUGAAUUCCUACUGGACAUCAUACACAGACUUCUACAUUCCUGUGCCGUGCAGCUCCUCUUAUAAUGCCACAGUAACUGCGAGGAACCUGGCUGGGGAGAGCAAAGCUAGUCAUCCGAUAGGUGGUUACACAGCUCCCUGCACUCCACAAGUAAACCCACCAGUCUUGUCUGAAGGAACCAUAUUUGUUUCAUGGGUGAUGACCACAAAUACAGACGAGUACAGAGUCGUGGAAUCUGGUGGUAAUGUCACCGUGUGCAGAACUACAGAGCUGGCCUGCUCCUUCCCCCUGACCAACUCUACUCUGUAUGUCAUUGCGGUGAAUCCUUCAGGAGAGAGUGAGCCAACAGUUGUUACAGGAUAUAUCUGACCAUAAAUCUAAAAUAUUUAGAAACAUCUCCAGCUGCUCAUAGCAGUGAAUAAACACAGAACGUGUUUCAUCAGCUCUGCAAUGUACAUAGGCACCACUGGUCCUGAGAAGAUAAUGAAUACAAUGAACAGACUGCACCGCUAGGUGUUCUUUAGCACAUACAUGUAUAUAUUUUAUGAGUCAUAUUUUUCUCGCAAGCUUAACCAAUAUCAUAAAUAUGCUGGUGUUUAAUAAAAUCAUUUGUUUGCACUAACUGAUCCUGUUACAAUGUAAAUUUAUAAGUGUCCGAUUGUAGAACAUGGCUGUUAUCUGCAGAUAACAUUCUCUACAUGUCCUACACCUUUAUUGGAUCUGCUGGAGUAUAUUAAAAUGGUUUAUACA